UCUGCAGUAAGAUGCAUCCACUGGCUCAGACUGCAUUGACCUUUCUUUAUAUUUCCUCCACUUGGAAGUCAGCAGCUUGCUCUGGUAUGGGCAUCGUUGGAGGGAAGGAGGUCAAACCCCACUCCAGCCCCUGGAUGGUCUCCAUCCAGUGCAACAACCACCACUUCUGUGGGGGCACUCUGAUAAAGGAUCAGUGGGUCCUGACUGCUGCACACUGUAAGAGACAAUGUGAAAAGCCGGCUUCUAUGACGGUCCUUCUUGGAGCUCACUCUUUGACGAAGGAGAAAGACACUGUCCGCAUGGGCAUUGAAAAGCCAUUCAUACCCGGUACCUUCAGCUUAAAGACCAAAGCAGAUGACAUCAUGUUAAUCAAGCUUGAGAAGAGAGUCAAGACAAAAGGUAAGAAAAUUAAAGUGAAGGAUCUACCAAAGGAUGGUAAAGAUGUGCCAGUUGGAACAAGCUGCCAGGUGACAGGCUGGGGAAGGACCAGAAAGGAAGCUAAUGAAGCCUCAGACACACUGCGGGGGGUGGAGGUGAAGAUUGAGGAUAGGGACCUCUGCAGAUGCCUCUACAACAAAAAUCCCAUGAUCACAGAGGACAUGCUGUGUGCAGGGAACAAGAAGACCAAGGCAGAUGCCUGCCAAGGGGAUUCUGGUGGGCCACUGGUGUGUAAGAAAGCCCUUGUGGGUAUAGUUUCAGGUGGGUAUGGCUGUGGUGACCCCAAGAAGCCAGGCGUGUACACCCGUCUGUCAAAGAAACAUCUUUCCUGGAUUAAGAGCAUUAUCAAAAACCAAUACAAUACUACUAUAUCUGAAGGUUAUGUUUCACCAAAUGCUUUCCCCUAAGAAAUAACCCCAUUCACAUACAGAUAAGGACAAAG